UGGGCACAGCGCUCCUCGCCUCCACCGUCCACCGCCUUACAUGCCUGCCGACGCCGCCCGCUGUGGCCCAUACUUCGACCGUCCCAGAUAGCACCCCCCACUGAAUGACCGACGCCCACGCCGCCGACACCGCCCAGGCGCCCUUCGAGGGCCCAGAAAAGCUCCUCGAGAUCUGGUUUGCAGAGAGUCCUGACCAUGUUCCCGAUGCUGCCGACCCCAAAGAGGGCGGCCGUACUGGGCUGCGCGUCGUAGACCGCGCUCUAUGGGAGGAAAUGCUCGACAUCGUCAAAUGCAAGGUCCUCAGCGUUGUGGAAAGCGCUGAGCUAGAUGCUUAUCUGCUCAGUGAAUCAUCCCUCUUCAUCUCUCCUCACCGCCUCAUCCUGAAGACUUGCGGGACGACACUCAAUUUGCUGGGACUGCCCCGCAUUCUCGCCAUCGCCCGCGAGCAUGCGAACCUUCCUACCGUCCAUCGCUGCUUUUACUCUCGCAAGUCGUUCAUGUUCCCUGAGCGUCAGGUCGGGCCCCAUCGUGACUGGAAAUAUGAAGUCGAGUUUCUGGAUGCCAUCUUCGAUAAUGGCGCUGCGUACACCGUCGGCAAGAUGAAUGGCGACCACUGGUUGCUGUACAUGACCGGACCAGGUACUCCUCCCACCCCAAUCAAGGCUCGUCCCCCUGUCCCCCGUUCUCUGGACCUCAAGGAACGGACGGACACGACGAUUGAGAUCCUCAUGAGCGACCUGUCGCCGGAUGCACGCGCGCCAUUCCUGACAGCCCCCUCCGACCUCUCACCCUCGGAGCAUGCUCAGGCGCUGUCGGACUCGAUUGGUAUCUCGACCAUCUUUCCCGCAGGAGAGACGGUGCUGGACGCGUACUCCUUCACGCCAUGCGGAUACUCCUCCAACGCGCUCAUAGGACCGGACGGAUACUUCACCAUCCAUGUCACUCCGGAGGCGGGCUGGUCGUACGCGAGCUUCGAGUGCAACGUCCCGGUCCCAGCGGCUCACAAGGGCCCUGCGGUGUCGGACGAGCGCCCGGACCUCAAGACGCUGAUUCGCCGCGUUACACGGAUCUUCCAGCCGGGGAGGCUGAGCGUCACGCUGUUCGUAUCAAGCGACGAAGAUGGAGAGGAUGAUGAAGAGCUGAGCGCGGUUGAAGCGGCACAAAAGGCGUUCAAGGCAGCGUUGACGCUGCCUUGCGAGCCAGAGGUGAAUGGUGUGGACGGAGAGCGCGCGGCGGAGAAUGGGCAUGUCGAUGGGGCGGGCGGCGCCCAAAAGAUGUGCUAUCGGCGUACGGACAAGAUCAACUACGAGUUCGACGGCUACGAACUGGCGUUCGCGAGCUUCGAGCUGUGCUAACUGCGACAUAAUACAUGACUACGACUAUCUCUAUCGGAUAUGUACACCCUGUAGACCUGCCUUCACGACCUGUAUUGCUUGCUUGGUUGCUUUCUAUUGAUCAGUUAUCGAGACUCGAA